AACUACUGUAGUCUGCAAUAUUUCCCGGAACUUAAUGGUCAUUUUACAUGUAGUUUUUGAUGGGAGAUAAACAUCGCAUAAGUUCUUGCAAACGGGUCACGCGCCGAUCAAAUCAUCUCCGGAGGAAAUUUGAUUGUGGGGAUUUUUUGGUGGAAAUAUAAAUUUUAUUUUCCUGUAAGAGAAUCAUUUCAAUUCAGUUCUGUUUUUGUAGACUGAUCGGCUCGGAGCAUAAAAAAAACGAAACAGUUAAGAAAUCGAGACCGUGAGCCCGACCUUUCGGCUACUUGGUACUAUUAGCAUUAGGCCUAUUAUAAAAACAUGGAAUUAUUAAACAUCCGCGGUGAGCAAAACAAUCCAACAAUGGCUGGGCGUGAAGAGCUGUACAGCUCCAGCGUUAGCACAGAGGAGACACCUCUAAUGUCUUCAUCCAGACUCAUGAACCAAGAUGGUUAUCCAAGGAAGAUGCAGCCCUGGCCGCGUCCUCUCACGGUGGCUUUGUGCAUCUUGGGCAUCUGGCGACCCGGGACCGCUCAACGCGCUACUCGCAAUCUGCAGGCCGGUAAGCGCGUCGGUCACGGACCGCUGCCCCGUGUCUACUCCCACCAGCCCGGCGGCCCGCGUGUGGUAGACAGUAACGGGAACACGGUUGGUAUGUCCGGUGCCGAUAGCAGCGGCGAGGGUCUGGUAGCAGUGACCAGGGACGGCGGUGAUCAAGACGAUCUUCCUCCGUUGAGCUGGAGUCAGAGCGUUGGGAGUGAGGAGUGCCGCUUGGAUGACACGCAGUGUGAUAUCUGUUACAGCAAUUCCGAGGCGUUGUAUGAUUUGAAAACCACUGAUUCAGAUGGCAAGAUGAAGAAGCUGUUCUACAACGGAGUGAUGUUACUGUAUCUCGUAACCCUGACUGGCUUCAUGACCUAUGACUUUGUCGCCUACUUCGAGGUCUUCUGGGGCAAUGUGACAAAUGUCCUCAUCCUCGUCUCCUACUUCACCUAUCUGUUCCAGGUGAUAGUGGUCCCAGUCUUUGUGUUGCUCACUCGCUUCAUGGACUGGUUUCAUCUGAUGGAUAAAGACUGCACCUGGGUUGCUCUGCACAGCGAUUUCAUCUUCCAACGAUCUCAGUACCUCCGACAUGGCUCGGGUGCAGCAUCCUUCCUGAGUCUCGGUCUGUUCCUGACUUGGCCGAUCAUCAACGGUGUUUUGAGGAUCAUCUACGACAGGGUGUACCGACCAGGCUGGAAUUCCCACGCCUUCCUCAGCCGCUGGUGCGCCAUGGCUUCUUACAUCGUCUACGGAUCCUUCUGCUAUCUUGUCUACGCCCAGCGGAGGUCGUUGCAGAAAGAGUUCCGCGUGGUAGCUCACUUCGUGGCCAGCAACGCUCCCAAAGGAAGUGUCGUGAUGGACGUGUGCCGUGACCGGCUGUCCAGGAUGUACCACCAGUAUCACAUUAUGCGAGACUUUGUGGGCAUCUGGAUGGCAUUCAGCAUGGCCGUAGCCACCUGGGGACUGACUGCCCACCUUACCUGGAAUUAUGUCAUCUUCAGCUACUGUCAGACCAAAGACUUGGACGGUCUACCUGUACUCAACCUGCUCAUCUGGUCGCAGAAGAUCAUGUUCUUCGUGCUACCUUCACUGGCGGUAGGUGGGAUCAAUAUCGACUACAUGUGGAGGCACUUCCGCUACAUCCUGGCCAAUCACGGUCGCCAUCGUUACAGCACCUUCUGGCACGCCAUCAUGAAGCAUGUCUCUAGAAUCAACCUCCUCGGGCAGGGCCUCAGUGCCACUCUUGUCUUCUCCGCCUUGGGGUUGUAUCUAGGCCUAUCGUUGGGCGACAGUGCACAAAAUGUUGCUUUUUGGAACGGCCCUGGCGAGUUUAACGUCAGCAUCCACUGCAAUUUUACUUCCCAUAAAUUACAUUAGUAUAACUUAUGAGUUGAUAAUAUUAUUCAACAAACAAAACAUGGAUGCGGCAGGCCUGGAAAACCAUGUCCUUAUAGAAAUCGAUUAUGUUCCAUCCGUUUGUUGAGCCACAAACAUGAUCCAGUUCAGAAACGCCGCACCUGCACUGUGAAUUCACAUGACUCAAAAACAUAUAGCUUAGUCCGUCCAACUUAUGAGACGUUUGCGGAGUAACUUGAACGGGAAUGCCAACCUUAAAUUAGCUCAUUCUAAGAAUGUUAUUGAAGGGUCUCU